CUGGGAGGCUCCUAAGAUGGCUGCAGCCGCUUCCAGGCACCUCCUCUUCCGCGGUCCCGCCCACCACUACGUCCGCCUUCGCCCCGGAAGUGGAAGUCGUGCUGAGGUCAGAAGGCGGAACCGCUGCUGGGAGACGGCGGGUUCUUUUUCGCCAUGGCUGCCGGGCCCAUCUCCGAGCGGAACCAGGAUGCCACUGUGUACGUGGGGGGCCUGGAUGAGAAGGUUAGUGAACCGCUGCUGUGGGAACUGUUUCUCCAGGCUGGACCAGUAGUCAACACCCACAUGCCAAAGGAUAGAGUCACUGGCCAGCACCAAGGCUAUGGCUUUGUGGAAUUCUUGAGUGAGGAAGAUGCUGACUAUGCCAUUAAGAUCAUGAACAUGAUCAAACUCUAUGGGAAGCCAAUACGGGUGAACAAAGCAUCAGCUCACAACAAAAACCUGGAUGUAGGGGCCAACAUUUUCAUUGGGAACCUGGACCCUGAGAUUGAUGAGAAGUUGCUUUAUGAUACUUUCAGCGCCUUUGGGGUCAUCUUACAAACCCCCAAGAUUAUGCGGGACCCUGACACAGGCAACUCCAAAGGUUAUGCCUUUAUUAAUUUUGCUUCAUUUGACGCUUCGGAUGCAGCAAUUGAAGCCAUGAAUGGGCAAUACCUCUGUAACCGCCCUAUCACCGUAUCUUAUGCCUUCAAGAAGGACUCCAAGGGUGAGCGCCAUGGCUCAGCAGCCGAACGACUUCUGGCAGCUCAGAACCCGCUCUCCCAGGCUGAUCGCCCUCAUCAGCUUUUUGCAGAUGCACCUCCUCCACCCUCUGCUCCCAAUCCUGUGGUAUCAUCAUUGGGGUCUGGGCUUCCUCCACCAGGCAUGCCUCCUCCUGGCUCCUUCCCACCCCCAGUGCCACCUCCUGGAGCCCUCCCACCUGGGAUACCCCCAGCCAUGCCCCCACCACCUAUGCCUCCUGGGGCUGCAGGACAUGGCCCCCCAUCGGCAGGAACCCCAGGGGCAGGACAUCCUGGUCAUGGACACUCACAUCCUCACCCGUUCCCACCGGGUGGGAUGCCCCAUCCAGGGAUGUCACAGAUGCAGCUGGCACACCAUGGCCCUCAUGGCUUAGGACAUCCCCACGCUGGACCCCCAGGCUCUGGGGGGCAGCCACCGCCCCGACCACCACCUGGAAUGCCUCAUCCUGGACCUCCUCCAAUGGGCAUGCCCCCCCGAGGGCCUCCAUUCGGAUCUCCCAUGGGUAAGUCGGCUCUAGCCACCUCCCUUAUCUGUACCUGUCAUGUUCUUAUAGCUUCCUGUAGGCACACCCCUUGUCCCGUGCCCUUAUUAACUUUUCUUUUACUCCUUGCAGGUCACCCAGGUCCUAUGCCUCCGCAUGGUAUGCGUGGACCUCCUCCACUGAUGCCCCCCCAUGGAUACACUGGCCCUCCACGACCCCCACCCUAUGGCUACCAGAGGGGGCCUCUCCCUCCACCCAGACCCACUCCCCGGCCACCAGUUCCCCCUCGAGGCCCACUUCGAGGCCCUCUCCCUCAGUAAAUUCACAUUUUCCUUCCUCCUGUUACAUCUUCCCAAUAUCUUUUCUAUUCCUUGGACCAAUCAGAGAUGUUGUAGCUCCUUGGGGCUAAGGUACUAAUCCCUUUCAGCACCCCCACUCCAUUCCCCUUUUUAAUGUAACUUUUUCCACAGGAGGUAUUUCUUUUUUAUGUUGGUCCUGAGUAUUUUGCAAAUGCACAGAGAAAAUAAAACUAAACUCCAUGUUUA